AUGGACUAUAAAGAAGAACAGACGCAGGAACUUGAGAUUCUAGAGUCGAUCUAUCCAGAUGAAUUUACUGUUCUGAACUCUGAGUACCCAGAGAUCGAAUUACAAAUUGAUAUCAAAUUGGACCCCGUACCCUUGGAUGAUUCUUCAUACACCGUGGAUUCGAUAACUAAUGAUCAUAUUUUGCAUACUAUUUUUACUCUACCAGAAAAUUACCCCGAUGAAGCACCUCUAAUUAAGAUUAUGCCGGAAGAAGUGCCAAAAUUCGACAGAGAUGAUGAAGAUGUGGAUGACGAGGACGAUGAAGAUAAGGACGAAAUUGAAUACGAUGACCAUGGUAACCCGAUAGUAUCAAAAUUCGAAAAUAUACCUGAUAAAAUCCAUUUCGAUGAAUUUAUACCGCAAUGUAUCGAGAAAUUGAAUGAACAAAUCCAAGAAGAUAUGCUUCUUGGGAUGCAGAUGUGCUUCGCUUUGAUUUCCAACAUCAAAGACUACGCCGAACAGUGGUUCCAAGAAAAGCUAAGUGAACUGGAGAAAGAACAUGAUAGGUUGCUGCUGGAACGUGAAAAGGAGGAACAGAAAAAGUUCAGAGGUACUAAAGUGACAAGAGAAUCAUACAUCGAAUGGAGAGCCAAGUUUAGGAAAGAACUGGGGUUGGACGAAAGAGACGCCCAGAGACGUCUUGCUGCCCACCAGGGGAGACUUUCUGGUAGACAGAUCUUCGAACAAGGACUUGCUGGCGAUGAGGAUUUGGAUGAGGAGAAUGAAUCUUUGAUCUCAGAAGGUGUAAAAGCCAUAGCAGUUUAA